GGAUGUGAAAGGAAGCAGGCAGGCAAAGAGUAACACACACAGCUGAAAAGAAACUCAGAGGAGAGAAUCACCGAGGAAAGUAGCCAUGGACCUGAUCCCAAGCUUUUCUGUGGAAACCUGGGUUCUUCUGGCUACCAGCCUGGUACUCCUCUAUCUAUAUGGGACUUAUUCACAUGGACUUUUUAAGAAGCUGGGGAUUCCUGGGCCGAGACCUCUGCCUUAUUUUGGAAAUAUUCUGUCCUACCGAAAGGGUCUUUGGGAGUUUGACAACAGAUGUUUUAAAAAGUAUGGAAAAAUGUGGGGGUGUUAUGAAGGUCAACAGCCUCUGUUAGUUAUCACAGAUCCAGACAUAAUCAAAACAGUGCUAGUGAAAGAAUGUUAUUCUGUCUUCACAAACCGGCGGGCUUUUGGUCCAGUGGGAAUUAUGAAAAAUGCCAUUUCUCUGUCUGAGGAUGAACAAUGGAAGAGAAUACGAACGUUGCUGUCUCCAGCCUUCACCAGCGGAAAGCUCAAGGAGAUGUUCCCCAUCAUUAGCCAGAUUGGAGACGUGUUGGUGAGGAACCUGAAGAAGGAAGCAGAGAAAGGCAAGCCCAUCAGCAUGAAAGACUUCUUUGGGGCCUACAGCAUGGAUGUGAUUACUGGCAUAGCAUUUGGAGUGAACAUUGAUUCCCUCAACAACCCACAAGAUCCCUUUGUGGAAUAUAGCAAGAAGAUCUUAAAAUUUAAUCUCCUCUCUCCAUUACUUCUCUCAAUAGUAUUAUUUCCAUUCCUCACCCCAGUCUUUGAAGCAUUAAAUAUUACUCUGUUUCCAAAAAGUUCUUUGAAUUUUUUAACAAAGUCUGUAAAAAGGAUAAAAGAGAGUCGCCUCAAAGAUAAACAAACGCAUCGAGUGGAUUUUCUUCAGCUGAUGAUUAACUCCCAGAAUUCCAAAGAAACUGACACCCAUAAAGUUCUGUCUGACACAGAACUCAUGGCCCAAAGUAUUAUCUUUAUUUUUGCUGGCUACGAGACCACUAGCAAUUCUCUUUCCUUCAUUAUAUAUGAAUUGGCCACUCACCCUGAUGUCCAGCAAAAGCUGCAGGAGGAGAUUGAUGCAACUUUCCCCAAUAAGGCGCCUCCCACCUACGAGGCUCUGGUACAGAUGGAGUAUCUUGACAUGGUGUUGAAUGAAACUCUCAGAAUAUUCCCAAUUGCUGGUAGACUUGAGAGGGUCUGUAAGAAGGAUGUGGAAGUCAAUGGGGUGUUCAUUCCCAAAGGGACGACAGUGGUGGUGCCACUCUUUGUUCUUCACAACGACCCAGAGCUCUGGCCAGAGCCUCAGGAGUUCCGUCCUGAAAGGUUCAGUAAGAAGAACAAGGACAGCAUAAAUCCUUACACAUACCUGCCUUUUGGAACUGGACCCCGAAACUGCAUUGGCAUGAGAUUUGUUAUCAUGAACAUGAAACUUGCUCUCGUCAGAAUCCUGCAGAACUUCUCCUUCAAACCUUGUAAAGAAACACAGAUCCCCCUGAAAUUGCUCACUCAAGGACUUACGCAAGUGGAAAAACCUGUUGUCCUAAAGGUUGUGUCAAGAGAUGCGACCAUAAGUGGAGCCUGACUUUCUCGAAGGACAUGGGCUUUGAUCUUCAAGGAAGCUGUAUCUGAGAACACCUGAGACUUUACUUACUUUGUGAUAAAACCAUUAAAUGAAGAUGGGCUUCACCUACUGCCCUUGAUGGAUGACUAGGUAUUCUGCCCAAUCAUUUAGCUUUCUCAUUGUCUAUGUGGAGUGUUAUAUAUUGCAUCAUAUAAAGGAGGUGACAAGUAAGUGCCGGAUACUCAACUUCAUGGGUUCUCCUAGGACCAUCUCCAUCCACCUCCAGUUAGUACCAUCUACUCCUCCUGAGCACUGAAUCAGAAUGAAAAUUUCUCAACAAACUCUAAUGAAAAUAAGAAUGAUUGGGGAGACUGAAGUAGUGACAUUUAUCUCACAGAUUUUAUUUUGAAUAUUCUAAAUUAAAUAUUACAUUGAGCAAGUCAAUAAAUACCUCUUUACAGAA